AUGUCUUCUGACGAACUACAACCGGCUCAGCCAGCAAUAUUCGACGCGCUACCGUACUACGACAAUGAACUGGAACAGUUCCCCGCCUUAAGGCAGAAAGUAGAGCAGGAGCUCGCACGCGAGGGCAAACCGCCGGAGACGUUACAUCCGCGCGUACCCCCUCCUGUCGAACUUUUCGUUAACAACCCUUUGUUGCAGGAGGAGAUUAGACGCGUGGAGGCACGCGAACCUUUACAACCUCUGGAUACUUUGCGGUAUCAGCUCCCUGCACCAACGUCAACACCAGGUUCCGAUGAAGAAUGGCAGGCUGCGUUGAAGAAUGCGCAAGCGCAGCUUGAACAUCAAAAAAUACGGCAGACCAACCUUGCCUUACUGCAACAAUAUGGCUCUAAUGCAUGGCGUAUACACAAUUACCUCCUCGAAGCCACAGCCAAGAAAGCUGAGAAAGACCUCGAGGAGCUUAAGCAAAUGACCACUGAGCUUAAUCGCGAGCGCAAGAACUUCCAGACGAGAUUAGGGGCUGAACUUACAUCGCUGGAAACGCGGUGGACAGAGCUCAUCUCCACGGUCCUCCAAAUCGAGAUGGCGAAUGUCGCGUUGGAAGCGGAGCUGGAGCGGUUGAACAGGCAGGAGGUUCAACUCUCUGGGUCCUGAUCCACCGGACUUGCCAUUUAUGUAUGCUACGCCAUAUGAUAUAGUUGUAUUCCC